AAGAAUUGGACUCCAACUCCCAUGAGCCACCGCGAUACGGAAGAGCGCAAUCUCUGUUUCAGACGUGUUCAAACAGGAGUUUGUGUAGCGGCAGAAGACUUCCUCGAAAAUAUAAACCGCAGCUCAUUUGCAAAUAUGCACCGUGUAGUAACCCGGUUUAAUAAGUGACACGUUUUCCGCCGAGUUUCUUUUAGCAGUGUUUCGUCAUGGGGACUGUAUUUGCUAUUGUUCUAGUGUUUGUCGGAUGUUGUAGCAAUGUGGUGUCUCUGGAGCUGCUUGUAAGAGAGUUUCCAGGAUGCGGCAACAUAGUCACCUUUGCACAGUUUCUAUUCAUCGCAUUAGAAGGUUUCAUCUUUGAAACAAAGUUUGGACGCAAGAAACCAGCAAUUCCUAUCAAGAACUAUGUGGUCAUGGUGACAAUGUUCUUCACAAUCAGUGUGAUCAACAACUACGCUCUCAACUUUAACAUCGCCAUGCCUUUACACAUGAUCUUCAGAUCAGGAUCGCUAAUCGCUAACAUGAUCCUGGGAAUAAUCAUCCUGAAGAAAAGAUAUUCAGCCAGCAAAUAUCUGUCUAUAGCUUUAGUGUCAGCUGGUAUCUUCAUCUGCACCAUCAUGUCUGCCAAACAAGUGAAUGUUUCCAGCGAAGGGUCAGACGAUCAAGGAUUUUAUGCCUUUAUGCACUGGCUUAUAGGUAUCGCCAUGCUGACAUUUGCUCUGCUCAUGUCUGCGAGGAUGGGCAUUUUCCAGGAGACGCUGUACAAGCAGUACGGAAAACACUCCAAAGAGGCUCUCUUCUAUAACCACUGCCUGCCUCUGCCCGGCUUCCUGCUCCUCGCCACAGACAUCUACAACCACUGCAUCUACUUCAGUCAGAGCACUCCUGUGCUCGUUCCUGUGGUUGGAUUUACAGCGCCGAUACUGUGGAUCUACCUGCUGAUCAACGUCAUCACACAGUACGUGUGCAUCCGUGGCGUGUUCAUCCUGACCACAGAGUGUGCCUCGCUCACCGUCACUCUGGUGGUGACGCUCAGAAAGUUCCUCAGCCUCAUCUUCUCCAUCAUUUACUUCCAAAACCCCUUCACCACCUGGCACUGGGUGGGCACGGCGGUGGUGUUUCUGGGGACUCUGCUGUAUACGGAGGUGUUGAGCAGCGUGCAGGCGGCGCUUCGUGGACCCGACGCCAAGAGGCAGAAGAAGGCCGAGUGACGGAGCAGAGACUGGUGAUGGAGUAGAGAAUCAGCCACUGUGUUGGACUUAGAAAUAGGUUUUAUUCGAUUAACCUCCAGCAGUUUUAUACAGUUGAGGACAUUUUUUUUGUUUUGUUUUCACAGUUCGGCAUCGUGCGUCUUAACGGAACCACACAGGAAUACGGACACACAUCGGCCCAUAGGAUGAAACUGGUGGUCAUUUUUUGCUGUCGCGUUUGUUAUCCUCGUCAACGAAUCCCAUGAAAAGACCAAAACCAAAGUGUUACGAUACAUUCACACAUACGGAUGCAAAGGAGGUCUGGGGGUGUGUUGUACUGAACACAUAAUUUACACGCUCUGCCCCGACUGGGCGGUCGUUGUCUUAAAUGCCAAACCUUCUCCACAGUGUUAAUCCUGAGUAUGCAGCAGUGCUAUUGACAGACCUGUUUACAUCCCUGGACUUGUUGCACCUAUUGGGUUUUCAGUGUAGAAUUUUUUAAGAGCAUAACCUUAAUAUUUAGAAUAGUCUAGUAAAUUUGUAUUUUAUAUGUAAUGCUGCAGGUUCUUAAUAGUAAUAUUUAAAUUAGUCAGGUUCAUUUCUAUAUUAAUAUUGCAGGUUCUUAACUUUUAUAGGUACAUUUAUAUGUUAAACAAUAUUGUAGGUUCUCAACCGCAAUAUUUAAACCUGUCUUAUUUCUCUAUUGGAAAGAAAUUUAGCUCAACGUCUGUCGUUUUAAAUGUGCUGUAUAAAUAAUCGGGACUUGACUGUUUAAAUGCAACAAAAACGGCAAAGCUUGCAUCUGAGCUGGAAGCGAUCCUGCUCAGUGGCCUGGCUGUCACUCUCGCUGCAUCACAGGAUAAUUACAUAAAGCUGAGCCUUUCUCAACUUCACCCCGUUAGUGCAGCAGGCCACUUUUUGAGUCUGUCCAGCUCGGAUGCAGGGCUGAAAAGGCCAGAUCUCGUUCACAAUGAAUAGCAGCUGAUGCUGUCCCACUUUUUUUUGAAUCCAUAUGUGUGAAUGGCCCGUUGUGGGUGCUGCUUUAAGAGGUCACAGUCAGUGUUUUUCCUGUAAUGGAUCACAUGACUACUGACGUAAGAUGAGCCACUUGUAGUGACGAACCAGCUCUGCAGGCCCUCUCAGCUGCACACAGAUUUAUCGCCUCGUUUCAGCUCAUUGUUUUGGCUUUUUGGACCACAGCCUUACCGUUUGGCUUCACUCUCACCACUUUGGGUCCCUUUCGACUGCAGAAGGCUGGAACAACCUUCAGAACACACUCUUUUCAAAUAGCAGAUAGACCAUAGAACUUAGAAAGGGAUGACAUGCCCAGAGCUGCAAUGAUUAAUCAGUUAGUUGUUUAGCAGGUAUUUUUAUCAUUAACUUGAAGUGUUUGUUUUUUUAAUGCAGAGCUAUAUACUAUAAUCAGCAGAGUAAAGGAUAAUAGCGAGUGAAACAAAUCAGUUGCUGCAGAUUUAAAAACAACUGUGUAAUUUCAUCUGUUUAAAAUAGUUGAAGACGUUCUCAACACAGCAGGCCAUAGUGGUUUUUAGAGUCUAUUUUAAAAAUCAGAUUAAUGUGUGAUUGGAGGCCUGAUGAGCCACUGGCAGCUGGAAUCUGUCACCCAGUCUGUGGGUCACUGGUGGGUUUUAACAGUUUAAAGACUCCACACAGGAGCAAGACACCCAGGCUGAAAGCCACACCGACAGGAUCUAUUUUUGUUUUGUGUCUCCAACUGUGCACCUUGUGUGUCAUUCCACGUCUCUUUGUGGUCAUAUGUUCAUCACCAAUCCUUCUCCUGUGCUUCUCGUUUUGAUUUUUUGUUGUUGUUGUUUUCCAUUUCUGUGGUCCUAUUUGUCUCAUUUAGUUGUUUUACAUCCUUUUGUCACAAUUUAGUCUCUUUGUUGUCAUUUUACAUCUCUUACGCUUCUGAUUUCAAUUAGUUUUUUUUUGUUGUUGUUUGUUGUUUCAUUCUGUGGUUAUUUUUGGUCAUUUGUGUCCCAUUUUGGCAAUUUUACAUCUCCUAAUAUCUCUUUUGUCUUUGUUGUCAUUUUACAUCCCUUAUUUAGUUUAUUUGGAUAGUUGUGUUUCUUUAUGGUUGUUUUUGUCCUAUUACGGUCAUCUUGUGUUUCAGUUUAGUCAUCCUUUCAAAGCUAUUCUACGUCUCUGUGGUUACUUCAUGUCAUAUAUUGGCCGUUUUACAUUUCUUUGUUGUUAUAUUACGGCUCUUUGUUGUCAUUUUACAUCUUGUUGUUGAAAUUAGGGCUCUUUUGUGUUGUGUUUUAGUUAUGUUGCGUCUUUGUUUGGGAUCUAUUAUAAUUCCUAAAUAAGAUGAAGCCAGGAGCGCCCUGACUCCUGUCCACUGAUCUGUCCAUGCUGACAGCAGGAUUCAUUCAUUGUUGGUUUUGGUCUUUUCAUUGGAUUUACAGACAACAAGAAAAACACUAAAGACGCCAGACUUUCUCUCAUUUAACAUUAGCAACUCGUUAUCAUUCACAGAUGCAAAGUCAUGGUGCUUUUUGUUUCGUGGUCUCCGAUUUAGUUUGAAUAUUUAUUUUUUAAAAACUGACCGCUAACCCGCUCCAUGUCAAGGGCCAUCAGUAGGAUUUGCACUGAACACAAUAAUGUGAUGCUGAACGAACUGAAGCCGUUGAUGUUUGAGCAGCAGCAGCUGGAGGCGGUCAGACUGUGUGAAUGUACAGAGGAGUGAAUUAUGCACAUCAUCCAGUCACUGUGUCCUUGUCUUAUUGUCUCAGGUGUGUUGGACCAGUUUUUUUGUCAACAAUAAACCUUUACACUCCCUGACCAGUGAAAA